GUAACCGUGGUAACCGGCACCAUGUGACUUCCCAGCUCUUAACUGGGUCAAGACUGAGCUAAAUAAAAACCAGUAAAUCCUUUUUCUCAACUGCGGAGACAAACCACUGCGAGUUUCUCUGUGAAGCUCAACACAUAAGAUAAGAUAUGAGAUAAAAGAUAUAAGUUAAGGUAAGAUAAGAUAAGAUAAAUUAGAUAAACUAAACACUUGUUACAGCAGCAGAUGAAGUAAACAAGAGAACAAACAGAAGUAUAAAAAUAGAAUAAAAAAUAAUUAUAUCCCAGACAGAGAAUUUGUCCAAAGCUUUGCUGAAUGAGACUUUUAGACGUGUGUGUGUUUACAAACUGCUGCUGUGUCUCUGAGACCCUGACAGGUGAGAGACAUGCAACAUGGGCCGGGAUGGAGAGAGUCACACGUCACGUCGCACAACAACCUGCGAGGUUCCAGGACACACGAAGCUGCCUGAGGAUCCCCGUCCUGCUGCUCUAUGCUGCUGUAGACGCCUCGGCCCGGAGCAGUGUGUGUGCGAGUGUGUGAAAGGGGACCCCCCCCACCCCCCCACCCCGCCUGUCCUCCAUGGCUCACUCGUCAGACCCGUCCCGCCGGGAGAAGACCCCCGGCCCUCAGGGGUCGCACACCGCCACACGCAACCUCCUACGGAAGAAGGAGCAGCGGCGGCGUGGAAACCGGUCGUCCUCGCCCAUGGGCCGGGUCAUCCUCAUCAACUCCCCGGUGGACGGUGGAGAUGACAGCGAGGACCUCCACACCAUCACUGUGGAUAAGAGCGUGGACGGGAAGCUGGGCUUCAGCGUGCGCGGCGGCUCCGAGCACGGCCUCAGCAUCUUCGUCAGUAAGGUGGAGGACCACAGCACCGCGGAGGAAGCGGGUCUGCUCGUGGGCGACAAACUGGUGGAGGUGAACGGCAUCAGCCUGGAGAGCAUCACCAUGAGCAGCGCCGUGAAGGUCCUGACGGGGAACAACCGGCUGAGGAUGGUGGUGAGACGAGUCGGCAAAGUCCCCGGCAUCCGCUACUCCAAAGAGAAGACCACCUGGGUGGACUUGAUUCACAGGCGGAUGGUGGUGGAGGAGAGCGGGCGGACGCCGUCGGAGGCCAGCUCCGGCAGCGCCCUCCAGAGGAUCGUGCACCUGUACACCACCUCAGAUGACUACUGCCUCGGCUUCAACAUCCGGGGGGGGAAGGAGUUCGGUCUGGGAAUCUACGUCUCCAAGCUGGAUCCCGGAGGUCUGGCCGAGCAGAACGGAAUCAAGAUGGGGGACCAGAUCCUGGCGGCCAACGGCCUGAGCUUUGAGGACAUCAGCCACAGCAGCGCGGUGGAGGUGCUGAAGAGCCACACCCACGUCAUGUUGACCAUCAAGGAAGCAGGACGAUACCCUGCCUACAAGGAGAUGGUGGCUGAGUACAGGUGGCUCAAUAAGUUGGCCAACGGUCCCCAGAAGUCCUCGUCCCAGGGAUCAGACUCCAACUCGUCUCUGUCCUCUCUGUCCUCCGGGACGCCGGUCAGCUCUCUGAGCGGCCUGUCGCAGGUCAUGUUCCCCCCCAGCCUGCCGUUCGGCUCGGACAUGGUGGACGUCUCCAUCUCCACCGAGAACCAGAGGUUUGAGUCAGAGCGAACCGAGACCGCCAUCCAGACGGACCUCCCCCCUCAGAGGACGGGUGCAGACACCACCCGCAGCCUGGGACGCACCACCCUGCUCAAAGACACGUUGAUCCGCGGAGAGGAGGCCAGCGGGAGGAGGGAAUCCCCCAAGACGGCCAUGCUGCUGGCUCUCAGCAUGCCGAGCCGACUCAUCAGCCGGUCGCAGAGCCAGGUCACCGUGGCAGAGAUCACACAGAAGAAAGAGAAGAAGCAGAAAGGGAAGGAGCCGGAGGAGAAGAGCACCCUGCAGCGCUCCAGGACCUUCGUGAACCUGCUGCUCAGGGCCCGGCGCAGGAGAGACGCCUCCAGGGGGCGCUCCAAGUCCCCGUCCACAGACAAGACAGGCAAAGAGGGUCGAAAGCUCGGUGCGAUGCCGAAUCCAGAGAUGCUGCGGGUGGUGGAGGACAUGGCGCGCCGACUGCUGCCCGAGGAGGAGGUGGCUGCUGUGAUUGCAACGUGCCGGCGGUACACAGCAGAGCGGUCGGUGGAGAACCUGAUACGCCACCUGCUGGCCGUGCUGGACCGGCCGGAGAAGCUGCUGCUGCUGAGGGAGGUCAGGAUGCUGCUUCCUCCGUCUGACCUGAGUCUCUUCAACAACAUGGUGACUCCCAUUGAAGUCGAGGCUUACGAUAUCCUCAAGUAUCGUUCAGUUCGAACUCCUCCUCUUCGCUGUUCCACGUCUGGUCGAGCUCCCAAACGCCGACUCAUCACUCCCAUCCCAGAUUACCGAGGAGGCUUUGAGCUCCACAGCGCUGAGGAGGUGGAGAAGGAGAGCCACCUGCUGGAGGAGCUGGAGAAGCUCAGCCUGUCGGGGCCCCGGCGUUCCAAAGAGAGGCCCCCCCGCACCUCCUCGUCCUUCACGCCGCUGCUGGACAUCCCGGUGGACGGAUACACCGCGGCCCCCGGGGAGCUGGGACCCGGCUCGGCCAGUCCCCUGCCCCCCAACUGGCUGUUGGCCCACAACGACAACCCCCGCCCCCCCCUCCGAACCGACAUCGGCACCAUCCGCUCGGUGCACUUCGACGAGGUGUCGCUCCACUCGGCCUCCGACAGGGCGGACACAGAGCGGGGACGGCCCCCGUUCAGGAACAGCCACCCUAAAGGUCAACAGGAGCAGAGUGGAGGCCGGGGUCGAGACACCGUGUUCACGCUGCCGAGCGGCGCCCGCAGGAGUCGACCGCUGCUGUCGCAGGUGUUUGGUUCGAGUCCCGAUCAGAAAGUGGGGACCGAGCAGAUGAACGGACUCCACGGCUCGGACGCUGAACCGGAGUACCAGCUCCAAACUGUCAGCAUCUCCAAGACCAAACAGUCGCUGGGCAUCAGUAUAUCUGGAGGGAUGGAGUCAAAGAUUCAGCCGGUGGUGAAGAUCGAGAAGAUCUUUCCUGGAGGAGCCGCCUCCACCUGUGAAGUGCUCAAGGCUGGAUUCGAGCUGGUGUCGGUGGAUGGCGUCUCCCUUCACGCGGUGACACAUCCUCACGCGGUCGACAUCAUCCGGAAAGCCUUCAGCAACAAGGCCAAAGACCCCAUGGUGUUCGUGGUCAAAGUCCCCAAACCCGUCUGAGAGAGGACGGAGAGGCACAUGGAGAACUUAGAUCAAAACCCAGAGGGAGACGGGAAACUUGAACACGCCGCUGACCAGGGACUAGGGACCAUGGACCAGGUACCAGGGACCAGGGACCAGAGACCAGAGACCAGGGACUAGAGACCAGAGACCAGGGACCAGGGACCAGU